AUGUCAUCAUUUGCCGAUCUCUACCGAGGUAUUGCUGUGGAGCCUGCUACAACAUCUACUAUACAAGCGCUCAAGGAGGAAGGAAAGCUCGACUGCCCGAUUUGCCAUCUCCCUUUUGUCGAGUUGCAGCAGUUCUUUCCAAAGCGUCCCAUAAACACCGCCCACGUUGGCUUGAUCGCUACAGGGCUCAUCGUCCCCUUCAUAGACCAACCCAAGGAGCCAACUCCUCAGGAUCCCAUCAACGUGCUAGCGGAGACGCAUCAGGAAGAAACCUCAUCGCAAAGGGAACAGGCCAACUUCAUGACCUCCACGCAGGGCGAUUAUUCUGACAGCAUCCCGAACUAUUACGUCACGGCAGUCGUCACACACUGGGUGAAAGCCAAGAUGGACACCGAGUUUGUCUGCAACAAGCCGCCGCCGACGACACAGACCCUUACGUCCACUUCAACCUCUUGCUCCUCCAGUUGGCCUCACAUAUACUUCAAGCGAGCGACGGAGAACGUCAGCCUCCCGCUCCACCGCGACGAGCCGCUCCCCUACUCGCGCGAGGCCUGGCUGCCGUGCAACCGCACGCCCGGCUGCUACGGCACCGUCGCGCCGGCGGCGGAGCUGCGCCGCGCGCUGCUGCUGGAGCUGUACGAGCAGGAGCUGCUGCACUCGAUGCGUUUGACACCGUCGAAGCACGUGGUUGCGGCAGAGGUUCUGAGAAGGGUGCAGCAGGUGCGCGGUGCUGAUGGGUUCCGGUUGGUUGAAGAGGAGGUGCGGACGAAUGCAGAGUGGGCGCGGGUGGAGCAGUGCGUGCGGAUGAUGAUCGGGUGGCUUGUUCUACAGACUAGGAACGCAAUGGCUUGA